UGGUCGGUAGCGCGUUUUGUGGAAGGAUUUUAUUCAUUUAUUUAUUAUUAUUAGGCCCCGGGUGGGUGCACCUCUUCAGUUUAACAAUAAUGUUGAAGAUGGUUAGCGAACCUGCAAGCUCGCCAAUCCAAAAUAAUUCAUACGUACGUAGGGAAGGCAGCGCGUGGGAGUUGGUUGAUAAUCGGUAAUGAUAGUGUAGUAGUACGGUAGUAUUGAACGGCAACCGGCUGUCGAGUGUACACGGACUUUUGUAGAAACGAUUCAUUAUGAGUAGAAUCUUCAUUAUAAAAACGCACUUGCUAAUUGUACAGCCUAGAGUUUUUUUGCUGAAAAGUCCAAUUCCAUAGGAAACUAUCAUUAUUAAUUAUUUACACAGCGUAGCGGUCUGGAGUGCAUGUGUGUGUGCCACUCUACUUAGGCAUUAUCCAACAAUAUUAUCACUGUAUCAUCUGAUUAACAUUGUGAAGUGAAGCUAGAAUUGCCGUGUGAUUCAGAUUGCAUUUAAUAGCCAAGCGGUGCCUUUUUGCUAUGCUCAACUAGGAGGGAUUGUAUAAUAAUUGAAUUCUACUAUCAUGUUUCAUUAGUUUAUGGUUUCUUUCAUAUAAUUGAUAAUUGAUUCAAUAUCUGUUUCUGCUUUCUACAUUGUAUUAUGGACUUUUUUGUGGGAUUAUUUUCGGACAGCGAGGAAGUUAUUGUAAGCGGUCGCCUGGAAUGGAUGUUACACUACAGCUUUUUGGACAGUCAUACUCUCGCCACCAGACAAACCGUUGGAUUGUAAAUCGGCUGGUGAAUUGGAACUGAAAUCUGCGCUUACUCAGCCCAUGACUUCCGACCAGACCAACGAGGGGUCUAAUUUGGAUUCUAGAAAUACGGUUGCAUCGACAACACUCAAUCCUAAUGCGAAGGCUUUCCCAGUACCCAAGCGGUCUGUGACCCCAGACGCAAACGAUAACUUUGAGCUGGGAGAACAUGACAAUAGGGAUUCCAGUACUGCUCCAUCACAGGUAGCAAUGAAUAACAAAGUACCAUUUGUGAAUGGUGACAACAGCAAAUAUUCAUCAAAUCCAGAAUCUCCUGUACAAACAGCACCUGCUCUUCCAAAUGGACUCAACCAUACAGAGUACUUUCUCCAGGAUGGCAGUGUAGUAUCAGAUGAUAUGAAUCGGGAAGGAUCUCCUAAAGAUGGUGAUUUGCGGAAACAACUUCAACUUCAAUUAGAAUAUUAUUUUUCAAGGGAGAAUUUAACUAAUGAUCGUUAUCUUCAAUCUCAAAUGGAUCCAGAUCAAUAUGUACCCAUCUGGACGAUAGCAAACUUCAAUGCUGUUAAGAGAUUAACAACAGAUAUAACGCUUAUUAUCGAUGUACUUAAAGAGUCAACAUGUGUUCAGGUGGACCCUACAUCUAAGAAGGUACGGCCUAGUCAUAAACGACGUACUGUCAUUCUGCGAGAGGUACCAGAAAGUACCCCCUUAGAGGAUGUACAGAAGUUGUUCUCUGGCCCAAAGUGUCCUCCAAUGGUGAGCUGCGAAUUUGCUCAUAACAACAAUUGGUACAUUACCUUUGAUUCAGAUACAGAUGCACAGAAUGCAUAUCGCUACUUACGUGAAGUUGUCCAAACCUUCCAAGGAAAACCAAUUAUGGCAAGGAUAAAAGCCAAGCCUCUUCAAAGAGUGAGUUACCCACCCAAGUCCCGAAAUGGAUUCAGUCAAACACCGUCCGGCCAAACUACGUACGCCCAACCUCCAGCACCAUUGACUCAGCCAUUCCAGUACCCGGCCGUAUCUCAAGCUCAGAUAAAUGGUGUUCACACGGGCCCACCACCGAUUUCGUACUACCCGCAAAUUAUGCCCCAGCCGCCAUGGACAACGACGCAAUCUUACUUUGAGGCGCCCAAUGUGCCACCACAGCAGCCUUUUACAUCUAGUGCCUUCCCAAGUCAUCCGAAAUUACCUUUUACAAAUCGACAGGUGUACCAAAGGAACGUGACCAGACCACAAAAAUCACGGACAAUGAGUACACCAGAGUUUCGAUCGAUUGAGCAUGGUGUUACCGAUGAUAACAUUUAUAAACUAAAUCACGAACGACGUCAUACAGUGAAUUCAAGUAAUAGUAAUAACGCCAGACCGAUGAACUAUGACCGAGAACAAACGAAUGAAAGGAAAAUUUCAGGUGAAGGACGUGAUUACCAACAGAAUGGAUACAACAGACGGAAUAAUGAUGGGCCGGUGCAUCCACGACCUAGGAAUCAUGAUGAUUAUAAUAACCAUGUUAAAGGACAGCAACAAAUGAAUAGGAGAAGUACUGGUAACCUGCCUUUCAACGAGCGACCAAGACGUCGCCAUGACAGUGCAUCCAGUCGAAAAAAUUACAGAGAAACCAAAGAGAAGGAAUCAGUUGCCAAAGUUCCCUCACCCUCUUUAGACCCUUCCUCUUUUCCACCGCUUCCGGGGCAUACUGAAACUUCCAGAGUGGAGGUUGGGAAAGAGGCAGCACCAAAAGAGGUAUCAGAAGCAGAAACUGUGACUAAUUUUGCAGAUAUUUGCAAAGGAAUUAGAGCUGCAAAACCUCAGGAUUCCAAGGCCGUAAACACAAGUGGUGUGUCAACUCAAGCUAAUAAGGGAGACAUCUGCCCUGCCUCUAAGCCAGUUGUAUCGCCUACCACAUCUACUGAACCUGAGAAAACAAUAUCUACAGUACCCCAAACAAAUACACCAACAAGUAAAAAAUCUACAAAAAACAAGCCACAUCAAUCAUCGAGUGAGCCUACUAAGGUAGCUACCACACCUAUAGAUGAACCACCUUCCAAGCAGGUAACUGCUGCACCGACUACUACCAAGCCUAGCACACAGGUAUCACCAUCACCACAAGAAAGUGUUACUCCAUCACUACCAGUUACUGCUUCAACCAAAGUCAAUACUAGUAAUGCAAAAGAAACAGCCGGCACAAACGCAUCAGAACCACAGCCUGCACCUGCUUCCUCUGCUGAUACUGGUUCGACAAAAUUCAGCUAUGCUGCAAUUGCACGCAGGAAACCAGGGGUGGGCGAAGUAGUCCCCCCUCAAGGGCAGACUGGUACCCCUCCUGCUAAGAAUGUGCCAUCAGGAGGUAAGAACACAACAGCAACGAAUCAAAAACCAAAACAGGACAAGGAGCGUGAUCAGAAUGAUCAAGCUAUGCGCAGUCGCAGAGAAAGCGACAAACGGAAACAGAACGGUCGCAGCUCCCCGGGAAGUCGGCGAUCACCUGGAGGUCGCAAGUCCCCAGCAACUGGACGGAGUCAGACAUCGCAGAAGAUGAAGUAGACACAUUGAGCCAAAGAUUAGCAGAACUGUGAUUUAAGAGAUGAUAGUGUUUGAAAGAGUUGAAAAGAACAAAUUGCAAUUCAGGCUGUUACAUGAAGCUAAGAUCGAAUGAAAUGGUGAUACCGAAAGAAUACCAGAUACGUGCGUUGAUACAGUCAGUCGGCUUGCAAUGAAUUAAGUGGCAAUCAUUACCAAGGAUAAGGUAACAUGAUUGCGAUUCAGGUUUCUCAGCCGAAGAAGCAAUGUAGAAAGGAAAUAGAGACAAUGGAAAAAACAACAAAAAUAUGUUUUCUUGUACAGUAAGAGAUUUGUUGAUAAUAGAAAUUAUAUCAAAUUUUUGUUAAAUAUGUUGCUUCCUAAUUUUUUCUUCUGCAAAAGCAUUUUCUAGUCAAUACAUUUUUUUUCCAAAAAACAUUGUUUGAAUUUUUCAGUUUUUGAAGAAGAAUUUUUGGGAUCAUGUAUUUAAUUUGAAUUAUCGCAUGUUUUAAGUUUUAAUGGAAAAAAAAAAUAAAAAAAUAAAAAAAUAAAAAUGGAAAAAAUAAACAGGUGCUUAAUAGCCAUGGUUUUAAUUGAAAAUGCUUUUGCUGAAUAACAAGAAAACAAAACAAAGAAAGUGGUGGAAAGAAAGUUGUAGGAAUUCAAUUAUAAGGGUUGGUAACAGGCUCAGGCUAGUUAAUGUGGUUACAAUUUACGGUGAUGAAGCAUUGAAAUUGAUCAAAUUGUGAGGGCGCUAUUUUGUUGCAACUAUGUAUGAUGUGUUGCCUAUAGGCAUUUCAUAUGGAUUGUAAUAUUUUCCAUCAAUGUUGUAUGCUAUCCUUUUGAUCAAACAGUUGUUUUCCAUUUCAAACAACUUUAUUAUAAGAACAUAAAGUGCUAACUCGGUGAGACGUAGGUGAACUUUUGCCACUGAGCACUCUCCAAAAUGGAGGCUUACUCGCACAAGAGUGCCACCAUGCCAGAAUAUGCUGAGCAAUGUCACGUCACACCUAUUAUUGGGGUUAGCGCUAUAAUAUUCCUCUUAUGGUAACUCUUAUGGUUUAAAAGAAAUCAUUAUGAAGCUCCCGGGUUGGAGCGUUCCAUUUUUGUGUGGAGGAAGGACAGAUGAAUUUUUUGCAACAAAGCAACAACCUUGUAAAUUUUUUAUUUUCUGAAGAAAAAAAACAAAUGACUAUUAUUAUGUAAAUACUUAAAUGUUAAAAUAAUUGUUACAUUGCUAAUGAAAUUUAAUUCAGUAUAUUAUAAGGUGAAUGAACAGAGCCCAGUUGAUAGUGGUUGCUAUACAAAUAGUGGUUUCAAUGUUAAUUAAGAUAAAAUCUUUCUAGCAUUAUAUUAUAUGCUUAUAUGUUUUACUUUCUUUGUUUUCCCCCUUUGGGUUUCGUUGUUGGAUUUUUAAAAUAGAUAUUAGGGGUAUAAGUUUCAGUCUCGCAGUAGACAUUACGUUGUUGUGACCAGACUUGUCCAUGUGAAGGCUUUGUGUUACUACUACUAUAAGGUUAAUAAAGAUGUGGGGUAUAGGCUGGAGUGUUGGUAGGUUUUGGUGAUGCACAUACCCAACUUUCCUGCCCCCCAUUAAUUGCUACCAUCUUGUUUGCAAUCAUUUUUAUGCACUGCACAUAUUUGAAGAGUUUCAAUAGUAGUAUACAUUUUAGAUGGAGAAUAUUAAUCUCAUCCCUUUCUUCUCCUAAGAUAUUAUGAUCUUUCCCAUCCUUUUUGAAAUGCACUGAUUUUUUAGAAUCUAUUUUUAAAAUAUUCUAAUCCAAUAUUGAAUACCACCCAUGAAUUUAGGAUGGAUAAACUAUGAGGUAGGAACUUGCUUCAUCAAAAUUAAUUCUAUUUUGUUUGUGAAAUAUUUGAAAGGGAUACAAAUUUAGAUCCAAUCAAUAAAGGGAAUACUUUAAAAGUAAACAAUUUGCUAUAUAAUCACCAUAAGCAACUCACUUGAGUACAAAAAGUAUGGGAAUACAGAGCUGCCUUUGAAUGAAGACUGUAUAAAAUCAACUGUCUGACAAAAACAUAUAUGAACACAGAAUUGCCUUUGAAUAAGAUCUGUCUGGGUCACUAGAUUAGAAAGUAAUACAACUCAACUGGAAUGUUGAUACAAAUUUUGGAAUACAAAAUUGCUAUUAUUAGCAAUAGUCAAUGUUAAUAUUAUUGUUGUUGUUAUACAUUAAUUACUAAAAGGGGAAAAUUGGUUAUAUUUGAUAUUUAGUUUCUGCAGCUGGUGCUACAAAUUAAACUAUUUUGUUAUUUUUCAGACCACAACUUUCUAAAAAUUAUAAAAUGUGCACUUUUUGUCUAGUACUGGUGGGAGAUGUUACAAUUUGUGUCGAGUAUUGAAUGGAAAUUUCUAGGACUUUGUGCUUAGUGUAGAUGGAAGUUACUAAGAAUUGUUUAGUACUAUGAGAGUUGGUUGACAUCAUUUGUCUAGUACUGUUGGGAGUUGUUAAGACUAGGACUGGUGGAAGUUUUGUGAUUGUAGUCCUGGUAUGAGUUAUGAGGACUGAUGGGAAUUGUCUGAUUGAUAGGCAUUUGAGAACAGCUAUCAUGGAAAUAAUAAAUGUACACAUCCCACUUGUUCCCUGGUUGCAAUAAUAUUUUAAGUAUACCAUUGCAAUCCAACUGGCCGUGUAAUUAUUGACCAGGGAAAAUGUAUACUAUGUAGUUAAGCAAUACUGCCACCAAGAAAGAUUAAAUCAGUGUCACAACCCAUUAUAUAUAUUAAAAACUUCACCUCACAUUGUGUUUCAAAAAAUAAAAUCCUAGGAAUUUUCUACUCCCAAGGCUUAAGAUUUGGGAGUAAAAUAUUCAAAUUCCCACCUUUUUGUCAUUCUUGUGCAUUUGUUUCAAAUUAAUUUAAGAUUAUUUCUGAAAACAAAAAGAAGUGCUAAAAUAUAAUACCGCCUUGCAAGCAUUACCAUUAUUACGCAGUCAGUUGAGUAAUAUUCCUGGUAGCAGUCAGUAAUAAAUAACAAUGCCCCAGAAGUUGUACACUAUAGGAUUGAAACACAUUCAAGAUAGCACUCUUGUUAAGAUAACACCAAGAAGUACAUUCAUUCGGGAUAUCUUAGAAGUACCAGCAGUGCUAGCUGCCUUGUAGCAUGAUUAUUCACAAGUUUCUACUGGUUGGAUGUUUUGUGUUCAUAAUAGUAAUAAUAAUUACUUUUUAUGUUAUGUAGCACUAUCAUCAAUCUGGCUGCCGAUGUACAAACAUGUAUUGGUUUUACGAUCAUGUUACCUAAUAGUCCAUUUUGAAAUUGCCAACAUAUCAUUGUAUAACAGUAUUUUACAUAAUUUAAGUUAAUGAUGCUACAUUCAAUUAUUUUAAGUUCCAUUACUAUGACUUGCUAUUCUGAGAGAGCCUUGAAUACUUAACAGAAAUAAAUACGUAAAUUAUAGCAGAAUAAGUAAAAACCAUACAAACAGCCAAGACUAAUCAAAGUCACUUUAGGUGUGAUAUUAAUUCAAUAUUCAUACUUAGAUUUGAAAAUAAAAUAUUUCAAUUCCUUAUUCUCAUACUAUUCUACUCUAACACACUCUGUUUAUAAUACUCUAAUGAAAUAAUAAUUAAUCCAGCACUUAUAAUGUGCUAAGAACAUAUUCUGACCUGCAGAUGAAAUGUCCCCUGGUCAUAAGAUACACAAACUGCCACAUCACAACAUACAACUGCCUCUUCUCCUUGGGAAGUAUUACAAGUUAUGCUGCCAACUUCUCACAACCUGACCUAUUUCAUUCACAUCCUACCAGGUACUUCUGGGUGGAGAGAGACAUAGAUCUGAGGACAUGUGAUUGACAUUUGAUUCAAGCUUGUGACCUAGUAGUUGGAGGCAUGGAGCCUUACUGCAGUGCCACAUAUCUUUGAACUACUAGAGUAAACACUUCCAUACAUUCUUGCAUGGUUUCAUUCUUUUCCUCAUACUCUCAUAUAAUUUUGCGUUACACACACAUGCAUUACAACUUACAUUUUACAAAACACCUAAAAUUCUUGUAAAAGGGUUAGGAUUUGUAUAUAUAUAUAUAUAUUUAUACAUAUCUAUAUAUCUAUGAUAUAUAUAUAAUUAUAUAUAUAUUGUGUUUGAAAAUAAUGUGAAAAUUAAAAUUUGAGGAGAUUUGUGAUUUUAUUUUUUGUGAUUGUUUUAGAUGUAUAAGAUUUUAGUUACUCCAGAUUUUUGCAAAGACGGCAUAUUAUAACUUGCCUGUCAAUAAUAUUGGUCAGCUGUAAACAUCCAUUUCAGUACUAUACAGGUCAUUUGAGGUCAUUUCAAUAUCAACUGGAUGACAUCACUUCCUGUCAAUGUUAGUUAUACAUUAUAGAUAUCAUUAUUCAUUUUUUUAAAUGUUUCAAUUACUUUGUUUAUUUCAUUUUUAAUGUUAGUUUUCCACAAAAUUUUAAAGUAAUUUAUGCAUAUUAAUCCCUAAGAGUGAUGUAGAGAAAACACUUUUAACCUUGUUUAUAAGGUGUUGAAUAUUAUAUUAAUGUUUAAAUUUCGUUAAGCUCUAAUUUCAAAUGAAUUAGUAACACAUAUGCACUUGCUAUUAUAGCACCUAUUAGGACAUCUCAAGAGCAGUUGUUUCUUUUGAAAGUUUUUAUUGUUAUUUUGGUUUUGUAUCUGAAAGUGUCAUCUUGAUAAUAUUCAGUCUCGCAUUUUAACUGCUGCAACUUCCUGAAUUAGUCGUUAUUCUGUCACAAUCUUCAUUACCAUUACAGUAUUGGUAAGUGUUUAGAUUGAACUGUGCCUUCUGGUUGCAAAGGAAUAGCACUGUGAAUUGUUCAGAACAUGGUGUGUCGAAAUAUGGUGAUCCCUAAAUUAGGUAAAUAUGGAAAACAAUCGGUUGGUUUAAUAAUAUACAUGUAGAUUCUGUUAUAAAGAAACUCUAAUAUUCAGUCGGUUAUCAUUUGAGUAAGAUUGAUUGUUUUCCAAUUGUUCAGAUAAUAGUUCAAGUACUGUGCUAUUGUGAAAGGUUAGAAUAUAAAAUCGAUCAUGUUCCCCAUCAUCAAUGUACCCAUUUUUGACCCCUUCUUAAUAAUCCCUUCAAUUUAUGUACAGGUAAAGUCAACUCAUCAUUAUACUUUAUUAUGCUGUAAACUGAAAUGUGGUCUUUGAAUGGAAGGUGUAUGUAGGAAAAAGAAAGAUAGGCACAUGGCUUAGGAAAAGUUAAGCACAAGGGGAGGGGAUAAAAGCAAAAGUAUGAAAAAUGUUUAGGACAGGAUGUCUGGCAUCUCAAUGUAUAGUGAAUAUAUGCAGAUUGUAGAUGUUUAAUAGAAAAGUAGCCAGAUUUUAUUUUGCAAAGGAUACAACUCACAACUAAGAAAGUAGAUAUAUAAGAUACAGGCAUUAUGUGUGCUUUAGCCAUAAGGAAAAUCUUUUAUCCUAAAGUCAUAUCAGCAUAUUUGAAUUUAGCCUAUGGUGCGGCCUAUACUCUAGAAACCUCAGUGCGGGUUUGUAUAUGUAUAUUGGUUGAUGGCUGAACAGUAUAGUAGCUAAGCCAAUGUUCCUAAUCCAUCUUGAAGGGCUGACACUUGCUGCUACGUUUUAGAGGACUAGCACUGAAAACCUUGCAUUUGAUUUUUAUAGUCCAGGAACAGGAUUGUUAAGUUUGGUUUUGAUUUUUUUUAUUGAGGGUUUGAGGUGGUUAGUUACUAGGCAUCAGAAAGAUUUUAGUCCUACUUGAACCCUAUGAAAGCAUACACUUUGUAAGAGUACAAACACUAUAUUUAGUACAUACAUUGUGUAUUGUAUAAUGUUACUGUUAUUAUUUUUCACAUGGAUUGUGCAAUUAAGUCUAACCUGUAGGGUUUGCUCCAGCUUCCUGCGUAUAUAAAACAUGCACAUUUGUUUCGCUUGUAAGGGUUUGGAAAAUUAAUGUUGCCUUGAUAGACUUCAGGCACUGUUCCUUAAUGAGUGAAAGCAUUACAAUAAAAAAGUGCAUCCGUCAUAACAUGAAACGCAAGAGAUUUCUGAAGCACAUAUCUUGAGCAAAUUCAGCUUCAUUUAUUUUUGUCAAUGUAGUAGAUAAAAAAGUAGGAAGUAUUCAAGAUGUAAACUCGUGAAUUCUGCCAGAGGUUGGGAUAUGUCUUCUAUAAAAUGAUGUUGUAAAUGGCAGAUAUUUUAUAUACGUUUUCAAUGGAUAUUGAUAAUAACACUGCCCUCAACGAAAAUCUUAUGCCUCCCUGGGGUAACUUAUAAUACUUGUCUGUUGAGCCUGGCAUUGUGCUGUAUUCCUGGCGUUACACUGUAGCGGCAGACGACUCGAGACCAUCACACACUGAUGAUUAUUCUCUCAGACUGUCAACAGUCUUUGCAUUGAGACAACCGCUCACACAGCAACAAAUUAGUUCAGUCAAUACAGUGUACACCAGGCUUAACAGUGGAUUUGAUUCAGCUAAUUGCAAGAAUUCAUGAACCACAUUCAGACUUGUGCGUCUGGUGGUAAAUUGGGGGGGGGGGGGUUUAUUUACUUUAGUCAGCAUUUCCGAGAGAAUAAACUAAACAUUACAAGGGAAAGGACUUUAUAAUUAUUGAUAAUAAUUCAAGAUAUUGUAAUUGGUAUAAAUCGGCUAUAUCUUAAUUGUUGACAUGUUAGCAUUACGUUCAUUUAUUAGUCUAUCGAAUCAGUGUGAAUGCAAGUCAAAUGAUAACUUGUUCCUAUGUGAAUGUAAAUUGUGAACAAUUGGAAAUUGAAUUCUAAACUAGUUCUAAAUAGUAAACUCAUUUUAUAUGCAAUGUAAAAGGGGUUUUAAGCAUUUUGAGUUUUAACAAACAUUAAAGUCUCAUUCACACAACAAAACAUAUACAUGUAAACACAGUGUGAAUGCACAUUUUUGUAUGAAUGCUAUUAGUUAUUUUGUAGUGUGAAUGGGAAUUUAACGGUUAAAUUCAGUUUACGUAAAAUGAUAUAAGCGUUAAGUGUGCUUCCUCGUAUAAGUAAUCUCUUGACAUCAGUUCAUAUGGCAAGAAAUAAUAUUGAGCCAUAUAUGAAGAGUUAGGGAGCAUUCGUGAUGCCAUUUUUCCACCGUCUUUGAAAUUGUAAUUUUACAAGUCGUUUUAUUUUGUUCAUAAAUUAAUAUCUUUUAUUAUUUGUUUAACUAUAUCAUAUUCUAAUUUAAAGGUGUUUGUGUUUAGUAAAUUCACUGCUCAAUGUAAAAAGAAGUUAUUUAAUUUUGUUAAUCAGAAUGAAUAUGAUUUCACUUGAAUAUGUUUUUUGGAUUUUGAUUAUAUAAAUGAAUUCAGUUGCAUCAGAAUUUCAAAUUCAAAUUUUUACUUGUUUAACACAUAUCAGUCAUAAACCGCUUAAAUUGUUAUGAUUCCAAUUGAAUGAAGCGAUUUAUUACCGAUACGAUCAGUAAUGGGGUGUACCUUAUCGUCUAUGUUGUGUGUGGGCUAUUAUGUUGUAUAACUUUUAGUCAAAUGUUUAUGUAUUGGAGUACAAAGUAGAUAAAAAAAAAGCAUGUUUAUUUUAAUGUUUCUUUUAUUUCACUUCUUGGGUUUCAUCACAUAUUGAUCAUGAUUGGGUUGGGGUUUGCCGUAAUGUUUGUAUGCAAGUGAGAAAAGUGGGAAACUGUUAUGCAAACUGGACUGAAAUAUGAUGCUUUCAUGGUUAUGUUCCGGUAUGUAUGACAUUAAUAAGAAGGGAUUCGUCAUUACGCUCGAAGCGAGGGCGCCCUCUAUAAGUGUUUAUUCUUGCAUGUUGGAAAUGGGAACUACGGUAACUGAUGAAAUACUGACUGUAGAGGCAUUGAUGCCAUAAUAACUUUGUUGUUUUUAAACGGGUGCAACACAUUUUUUUCUGACAAAGAUCAACUUCCACUAAGGCAACUCGUACCUCAGGGAAAUAGUACCCUGACCGAGGUCACUUGUACCCCCAAGCUUGGUAUCUUGGGGCCCAGUCACUACCUUACUACACCCUGUGUUUUGGAUGUAUCUAGUGACUCGUAUAGUACACUCUAUGCUUUUAGGAAACGCUAGCAUCCAAAAUGGAGUGAGAAUACUUUUUUUUUUCUUUUUCAUGUUCCCCAGCUUUUUCCUCUGUUCCUUGCCAAUAUUUUUUGUGAUGGUUGAUUGAAAAGAAUGUAGUUUUAGAAAUUCACAUGUGAACUAAAAAAAAUGAUAAUUGAAAAAAAUAAAAUUGUCUAUGCUAUAAA